AUGUUUGAGUCAACUAAAAGUAGUGAAGACGAAAUCGAAAGCUUUUACAAGCAUCUCAACGAGGCAUUGUCUCUCGUAAAAAAAGUAGACAACAUUAUAGUUAUGGACGACUUUAACGCAAAAGUAGGAAAAAAGCAGUGCCAGAUCAUAGUGGGUGGCUUUGGAAUGGGCCGUAGAAAUGACCGGGGUGACCGCAUUAUUCAAUUCUGCCAGGAGAACGACCAUUUUAUAACAAACACCUUUUUCAAACUUCACCAAAGAAGACUGUACACCUGGACGUCGACUGCGGAGACGGAGGAUAUGAUUGUCAGCAAUCAGAUCGACUUUAUCUUGGUAAAACAGCGUUUUAGAAACAGCAUAAAGUCCGCCAAAACAUACCCAGAAGCGGACAUUGGAUCUGACCACAAUCCUUUAGUAGCAAUAACACAUAUCAGGUUAAAGAAAAUUGACAAAAAACAAAGCCAAAACAGCACAGACCGCACACUACUAAGCAAGGAGCCCAUGAGAAGUAUGGUCCGAGAACAACUUCACAAAUGCCUUGAAACCCACAACGAGAACGCGACAGACUCUGACACCCAGUGGAACAAGAUGAGAACAGAUAUAAACAACCUUUGUCAAAAACACCUGAAAAGUAAAACUCAAAAUAAGAAAUGA